AGUCAAUAACUUAAAAAGUGGUAUAAAAUUAUUGCACUUUAUGCUAAUUUAUUGCCUAAACAAACGAAAGCUUAAAUUCCAGCUGUGUUUUUCGCGAUAUAUAUUAUCUUUUUCUUAAUCGGUGAAUUUUAAUAUUAUAUUCUCUUAGUUCAUAGUUUACUAUGUGCUAAACGACGUAAACAAUAACAUACGGGACUUCCAGUCGAUUCUAAGGCAAAAGUUGAAAAUUAUAUUUAUCUUUCCCAUAAUAUAAUCUCAGAGUUUUCGCUCAAUUUUAAUCGGCAUAUAUUUUGAUCCAAUUAUGGAUAUUCUUAAAGCUGAAAUAGCCAAAAAACGAAAACUUUUAGAAGAAAAAAAUAUUUUGAACCCAACAAAGAAAUAUUUCAAAAGAGGUGAUCUUCUUGCUAAGGAACAGGAAGAAUAUUUUAAAAAGUAUCAUUCAAAUAACACUGAAGCAGAUAAGAGUGAGGAAAAAAAAGAUGUUGAAAAAGUCAAUAAGGUCGAAAAUGAAAAAGAACAAACAGAAAGUGUAUCUCUACCCAGAUUUGAAGUAAUUAAAAGAUUAAGAGAAAGGGGACAUCCAAUUGCAUUGUUUGGUGAAAGUGAACUUCAAUCCUUUAAGCGGUUACGAAGAAUUGAAAUUCAAGAACCUGAAGCAAAUAGGGGUUUCAGAAAUGACUUCCAAGAAGCUAUGGAAAAAGUGGAUCAAGCAUAUCUAAAUGAAAUUUUAGCACUGGGUACACAGAAUGACAGUGAAAAAUCUCAGAAGGAUGAUGAAUUUGAUGAUUCCGUAACCUAUGACUUGAUCCAAGAGAUGGCUAAAACUAUGGGUCAAGGUGAUAGAAAUCAUGAUAUGAAUGUAAUAAUGACAUUAUUACAAUUUCUCCUUAAAUUGUGGGGACAACAGCUCAAUUCUGCAAAUGCCUCAGAAAAAACUGCAACUAAGCACAAAAUGGUGCGAGCAACAUAUACACAGACACAAGUAUAUCUAAAACCAUUAAUGAGAAAAUUGAAAAAGAAAACUCUCCCUGAAGACAUUUGUGACAGUCUUAUGGAAAUAACUAAACAUUUAUUAGAAAGAAAUUACAUAAUGGCAAGCGAUGCAUAUCUUCAAAUGGCAAUAGGUAAUGCUCCAUGGCCCAUUGGUGUAACUAUGGUUGGUAUUCACGCUCGUACAGGUCGUGAAAAAAUUUUCUCCAAAAAUGUCGCCCAUGUAAUGAAUGAUGAAACACAGAGAAAAUAUAUACAGGCUCUGAAGAGGCUUAUGACAAAAUGCCAAGAAUAUUUCCCAACAGAUCCAUCUCGAUGUGUAGAAUAUAGUACUACAAGAUAAAUAAAUAAAUUCAAAUUAUU